UGAUGCUGAGGUUAUGUUUUGAAAAUUGACAAUUGACUAUACCUAUGCCGUAACAAGUCAAAAAAAUUAUUUUAUUUUAGCAGCGUGAUUGCAGUUCCACUGCUUUUAUUUAUGGACAGUCUAGUUUCGUAACUAAUUACUAAAUUGUAACACACAAUGAUACCUCGGUGGUGGCACAAGAUUAUUCGAAAACGGACUAAACCAAUACCAGAAGAUAUUGCACAGACUUGGAAGACACGAUUGAGUUUAGCUUACGGAUUUUUGGCAUGGAAUGCGUUUGGUUUAAUGGUUUAUUCUCUUUACCAAGGAAAGGCUGAUUGGGCACAUUAUUAUGGUUUAAAAAGUGACGAAGAAAAAUCUAUGUCUCCAGGAAUAGCUUGGGCCAAUACACUUGGUAUUAAAAAUGCUCAAGUUGUAAGGAUAUCGGGUUUUAAAAAGGUAGAUGAAUAUGAUAUUGUUGAUGGAAAAGAAGUCAGAAAACCUCGUAGAGAUGAAUACAAUGAAGAACUUAGUGAAUAAUAAUUAUUAAUAUCAAAUGUAAAUAAUUUAUUGUUCUGUGAUUUAUACUUAAUCUUAUUAAAUAGUGCAAGACGGUAGAAAAAACAUCCAA